AUGAAAAAGAUGCCACUGAUGGCCGAUCUACAACGAGCUGUUGCUUAUAUUGGGCCUAAGGGCCAAUGUAUUCCGCUGUACAGCCGCUACGAAGUAGCCCAAUUUGCCAAUCGACACGAUGAAGACGCCAACUGCCACGCUAUUGACGUUUGUCUGGUCAGGGACACGAUCUGUCCCCCUUAUGCAAUGAAAACGAUCCAGACCAAACCCGCGAAUAGAAACGUCGAGAACGCUACACUAACCGCUCAGAGAGCCCAAGAAGCAAUUGAUACAGAUGGAAUCUUCAUUCCACAUGCUCAAACCAAGCUCGACCGAAAACAAGCCAAUGCCUUCAUAGCCAUAGUAUCUACUAAGAAGGGAACCACAGAGAUACCCGUAUUGAAUACUACCGAACGGCCAGACACAGUUAAAGCUGGCACCCGACUCGGUCCCGAGCCCAAAUAUGAACACUUAGAUACCGAGAAAGACGAAGCCACCAUCCGCCAGAUGUUAUGGGACUUCAUUGGAGCGCCACCUGAAGCUGACAAGAAUGAGCCCCAAAAGAGAGAGAGCAUUCACAAGUUAUUCAAAAACCAGAUCCGCCAACACCCCAGGCUCACAGCGACACAGAAGCAGAUGACAGAGGAUCUGCUCUAUCGGUUCUAUCAUGUGCUCUCUCAAUCCAAAUAUGAUGUUGGUAAAACCGAUCUCAUUGAGUUCCAGGUUGACACCGGAGAAGCCAAGCCAGUCAAGGAUUUAGUCCGACCACAAAACCCACUGAUGAGAGCCGAUCUUCGAAAAACUUUGGAUGAAUGGCUCAACAAUGGAAUCACAUCGCCUAGCAUGUCAGCAUGGUCCUCCGCACUGGUCCCCGUUAAGAAGAAAGACGGAUUGUGGAGGUACGCCGUUGACUACUGA